GUCUGACACAAUAAGAGUUCUCUGCAGUCCUGCGUGGAUAAAAGCACACUGUGCAAAAGUCAUAAGCUCCCCUCAUUUCUUUAUAUUCUCUAUGAGUGUAUGAGUGCAUACAAACACAUGUGAUGGUUCAGAAUUCAAACGUUUAUCAAAGAUCUGCAACAUCACAGACUGACCUGCAGCCGUGACAGAGCCUCCGCCGUGUCUCACAGGGGGCUGCAGACUCUCAGUGUUGGAGCUCCUCGCACAUGCUGACCAUAAUGUGGCUCCAUUGCUCCAUCAGUCUUGUUCCUCUGACCUUCAUCAGUGUGUCCUCCUGUGAGGCUGAGCAGCAGACGAUCGGCUGAAGGUCUCUCAGAUCUGCUUCAGAGUUUUCAGCUCUUUGGGAAUAGCCUCGUUGGUGCAAACUUAGUUUUAUGUCAGACUGUUAUCUGUGGCAUUUCUCACAGACGUUGCUGCUAACAGCGUGUGCAAACACUGGCUCGUCUUCGGAUGGGUCAAAGGUCAGAGGUCACGUACAAGGACCGGACUGACAGAUGUUCAGAAAGUUGGAGAGUUAUUGCUCAAGCGCUCUUCAGAGAUUAGUCUGAAGCCAGAAUCCAAAUAUAAAGUGGUGAGUGGGGGCUCAAGACUUUUGCUCAGCACGCUGGCUGGGUGUUUUAAUAAAGAUAAAAUGAACUGCAGCCGACUGUCAGGAAACCGGCUGUGAAUAAAUCCUGUUUCACAGUAAUUGCACUGAGAAGGGAAGGGCUUUUAUUGUGAAACAGAGGGAAGAAGCUUGUAGCAACAGGAAGUUUACAGAAGAACGGUUUUUGGGUUUUUUUAGUUACAGUGUUUCAUCCUGAGACUUUAUUGAAAUAAAAAGUCAUCAGGAUAAAGUUUGGGGUACAACUCUGUAAACAUCUGGAACAUCUGCUCAGACUUGUGGUUUCCUCUCUGAAACACUCGCCCUCCUUCAGACCUUCCCGCCGUUGGACUCGAUGUAUUUAUUAUAGUGAGUCGAUUUAUUAACUUGGGUGUUUUAAGUGAAAAUUUUAUUUCUAAUUAUGGUUUUAAAAUUUUCUCCCUUAUCUCUGGAUUUCUUAUGUUGUUUCCUAAAUAUUAAUAAUUUGUCCUUCAUGCCUCCUGAUUUCCAAAAUAAAAGUCAAUUUAAAGCAUUUAACUGAAUUGAAGCUGCUCUCACAGGCACUAGGACCCUGCAGACACUCUGCACUUCCUCCUGCUUUAAAUAGCCUCAGCAUCUGAUUGGUGUAGUUUUAAUGAAGCAGUCUGAAGCUGAUCUGCCACCUCACCUGUGUGCAAGGAGCAGGUGAGCGUGGCCAAUCAGGUGGCGUGUCUGCGGUGAAAUGCAGACAAACCUGUCAGGCAGAGAGAGAGAGCGAGCGAGCCCCAUAGAGUCAGAGUGGGAACUCCCUCGGAGCGAGGGCGAGGAGAGGAAGGAGGACAACACACUCAGAUAUCCAGCGGGUCCUACACGCUGGUCAGAGGACGCUGUGACAUCAGAGUGACAUCAUGAGCUCCCCCACUGAGCACACAGACGGGCACGGUGAGGACAGGUCUGCUCCAGGGCCCUCAGGCCCCCCCAACAUCCAGGACAUGGAGCUGAGGGAGGAGUGGCAGGAUGAUGGCUUCCCCAGACCACUUCCAGAGGAUGACACAGAAAGUCCAGCAGGAGAAUCAGCUCCGGUCACCAGCCUCACUCUAUCGGGUGGAGGUCGAGCUAAGAAGCGUCUGGUGGCACCGUCUCUGAGUCUCACUCUGAACCGCCGUGACUCGAACGAUCGGAACAGCUUCUCCGCAGCCGCGCUGUCAGGGACACCAGACGACACACCGUCGCUUGACAUCAACCUGGAAGCUCUGGAGACGCCAUCGGACAGCGAGACAGGAACGCUGCCGGACAGCAUGCACGACCUCGAGUGGGACGACGACCUCCCUCAGAUGGGCAGAGGUGGAGCUGUGGGUGUGGCCAGAAGCCCGGUGGAGCAGUCCGAAGGUCUGAUGGAGCUGGAUCAGGUGGACAGCAGAGGGCGGCGCUGGAGGCGGUUCUGCAUCUCGGGACACGAAUACCAUGUCAACAUGAGCGUCCUGGAGCCGUACCUGCAGGUCCUGUCACAUGGAGGUCAGAGGUCACACACCCACCAAACUACCUGUAAUACACCUGCAGGAGGUCCCAGGUGCCAUGGAGCUAACACUGUGCUGUAUUUGAAGUUGCACCAUGACAGCUCUGCCUGUGGUUGGUUGACAGGCUACUUUGGAGACGGGAUGAACGCCAUCAUCCUUUUCACUUCCUGUUACCUGCCGGAGAACACAGUGGAAAACUACGAGUAUGUCAUGGAAAACCUGUUCAGGUACAUUGUGGGGACGCUGGACCUAAUGGUCUCAGAGAACUACCUGCUAGUCUACCUGUGUGCCAUGGCUCCCAGAAACAAGCUGCCCUCUAUCAAGUGGCUUCACCAGUGCUACACGUCCAUCGACAGGAGGCUGAAGAAGGACCUGAAGGGGCUGCUGGUCGUCCACCCCGCCUGGUACAUCAAAGCUCUCAUCACGCUGGUCAAACCUUUUAUCAGCGAUAAGUUCAGCAGGAAGAUCCGCUUCAUUCAGAGUCUGCAGCAGCUGUCCGAGCUCAUCCCCACAGACAGGCUGCAGAUCCCCGACGCCAUCCGCCAGUUUGAUGAGAAGCUGAACAGAUGACUCUCUCACACGUCACAUCAGAGGGACCCAGGAAGCCGCAGGUUCAGGAAGCCUGCUGACCUUUGACCUGUGGCGUGUACAUAUGAGCAGACUGCUGUACGUCUGUGUGCUGGUGGCGUUCGGACUCGGAGAGGACGAACAUGCUAACGGGAACUCUGCUGCUUCUUUCCUCUAAACUUGAACAAACGCUAACUUACUGUUUAUUUAUUGACGUAUUUAAGACGGCGGUCAGAGCAAGACACCCGUCACGUCGCGCCGUCACGUUUCUGUCUGAGCCUCAGAUCAGACGUGUGGGGGGGUGGGGCUAAUCGGGCUCUGUAAAUCCAGGUGAUUGAAUCUGUUUUGGGUUUCAUGUCCAGGUGAAACACGUGAGCAGAGCUUCACUGCAGGAAGCUGCUGAUUGGUUGCUGACUGUUUCACUUCCUGUAAUAAAAGCAUGGAUCAAA